UCCAGUGUCAUUCAUCUGGUAUUGUUUUGGAGGCAAUGCAACCAGGACUCCCCCUCCAUGGAGAUGUAAUAAUUGGAAGCACUAGCUAAGUCUUCAAAGCAAUCUACUGACUCCUAUGUAGUACUUGUCGCAAGCCUCUCCAAAGUUCAGCAAAAAAUUCCACCAAGCCACACAUGCAUUGUUUUUAUUGUUAUCAUCUUCCUGUUUGUUCUUUUGAGUAGGCACAAACCAGAUGGGUCUCAGAAGCUCAAUCGACUGCCCAACUUCAUCAACUCAGUCAAUAUUUAUGGCCCAAUCAAAAGGAGGGAGAUGGGUCUCAGAAGCUCAAUCAACUGCUCAUCUUUAUCCAUACAAUGCUGCUACCCUUCAACUCAGCCAAUAUUUGUGGCCCAAUCAAAAGGUAUGCAUCAAGGAACCAACACACUGUUAGAUUUCUCAACCAGCAAUUUACAAGUAAUGUAAUGCAUGUUUUUUGUGUUUUGAAGGAGGAGAGAGAAAAAAAGAAAAAAAAAGAGGAAUCAGAUUGUGAGCCUUAUUUGUCUAUUUCAUCCUUUGUCCGAGUUUUGUGGUUGCUAUGAGCCAGCGAGGAUGAUUGAGAACCAAUGAUAUUAAUCGAAAACCUGAGUCAGAACCAAGGUCAUGCUAUUGGUUUGCCUUUCGAUUCAUAAUCCUGGAACAGUGUUGCAGAAAGAGACCAGAUCAGAUGGUAGUAGAUGACCACAGACAUCAGUUUCAUCUUCCAAUCCGGUCUACGAAUUCCUUUUCGAGCCAAUCAUGCCACAGAUCAGAUGCAUUUAACGGUGCGUCUCAGUUUGAUCCCUCUCUCUCCUUUGGUAGUUCCCAAUUAUUUCAUCUUUCCUCUGUUUCCUCAUUCCCUUACGUAUAUUUCAAAUGUGUUUUGCGACAAACACCAACCAAACAGCAGCUCAUGCAGCUUCCAACUGUCUUCUUCUGCCUUAUCGGCGGAGGGCUAGUAAUCCACUAUCAGUUCAUAGCUUGUCCACAAUGGAGGAAUUAUAUAUCUUGAAUCGGUCCAUGUUAGAUUCAUCCUUCCUCUAUACAGUCUCCAAUGAAUCAAUUCAUUCCAGAUUCAUGCAUCCUUGCUCUUUUUAGGUGUCUAAAUAUGGUAGGAUAGAUCGCAUGGACGCAGUGAAAGGAAAGACGAUCUGUGCAGAGUGUCAGAUCAGGCAGUAGAUUAACAUAAUGGUGAUUUGGUGAGGCUCAUCAUUGGAGAAGUCGCUUCAUAAGAUCCUCGGAGGCAUCCCUUGUGGGAAUCUCCUGCGGUGGUGGACCAAGGCUGCCGCCCCCAGACCGCACCUGACCGCUGACACCUGGCCGUCUCCUCUUCGGCAGCAGCGACGACGAUGACGACGACGACGACGACGACGAUGGCCGUCGGCACGCUGGCGCUGCGACCUCGCUCGCCGACUGUCCCAGUAGGUCCGUGCGAUCUGGGCAUCACUCGGAGAGCCGAGAAGGAGGUGCGCUUUGCGCGGUGGAGGAGCCAUGCAUUAUCCAAACCCACCACUCCAGAAUACGGCGUAGGCUUGAUUCAGAACGGAUUGCCUGUUCUUCAUCUGCCAGAGAAUGAGCCGCAGGACGCCGACGAGGACGAGGACGAUGAUGGAUCGCUUGAGCUCUGUGGAUCGAGAGGGAUAUGGCGGAUGGUGGGUGAAGUCAGAGCGAUGUUGCGGCGGAUGGGUGAUGGGGAAAUAAGCAUCUCCGCAUACGACACGGCGUGGGUGGCACUGGUCAAGAACAAAGACGUAAGUGGUGGCCCUCGGUUCCCGUCCAGCCUCCGGUGGAUCGUCGACAACCAGCUGCCGGAUGGCUCGUGGGGAGACGCUGUCAUCUUCUCCGCCCAUGAUCGGAUGAUCAACACCCUGGCCUGCGUCAUCGCUCUCAAGUCAUGGACCAUCUAUCCGGAUAGUUGCAGGAGAGGACUUGCAUUUAUCCGUGAGAACAUGUGGAGAUUGCGUGAGGAGGAAGCAGAGCUAAUGCCCAUCGGCUUCGAAGUCGCUUUCCCCUCCCUCGUUGAAAUAGCCAAAGCGCUUGAGCUGGAGAUUCCCUAUGGUGACCCUUCUUUGCAGGAAAUCGACGCCAAGAGAAGUCUGAAACUGAAGAGGAUUCCAAGAGAUGUGAUGCAUGAAGUGCCCACCACGCUGCUCCAUAGCCUGGAAGGAAUGCCGGGCCUCGACUGGGACAGGCUGCUUCGCCUCCAGUGCUCUGACGGCUCCUUUCUCUUCUCACCAUCCUCCACGGCUUUUGCUGUGAUGCAGACUGGUGAUGACAACUGCCUCAAUUAUCUCCAGAGAGUCAUCCAUAGAUUUGGUGGGGGGGUGCCCAACGUUUACCCCGUCGAUCUCUUCGAGCACCUGUGGGUCGUCGAUCGCUUGGAGCGUCUCGGGAUCUCUCGAUACUUGGAGCAGGAGAUCAAAGACUGCUUGGACUACGUAUACAGAUAUUGGACCGAGGACGGCAUCUGCUGGGCGAAGGGCACGAGAGUGCACGAAGUGGACGACACAUCGAUGGGGUUCCGACUGCUCCGGCUGCACGGCUACGACGUCUCCGCCGGCGUGUUCCGGCAUUUCGAGAAGGACGGCGAGUUCUUCUGCUUCGCCGGGCAAUCGACCCAGGCAGUGACCGGAAUGUACAACCUGAACCGGGCGUCGCAGGUGGCCUUCCCCGGGGAGGAGAUACUGGCCCGGGCCAGGAGCUUCUCCUACAUGUUCCUGCGAGAGAAGCAAGCCGCCGACCAGGUGGUGGACAAGUGGAUCAUCACCAAGGACUUGCCGGGCGAGGUGGCGUACGCCCUGGACUUCCCCUGGUACGCCAGCCUGCCUCGCGUGGAGACGAGGCUGUACUUGGAGCAGUAUGGAGGCAGCGGCGACGUCUGGAUAGGGAAGACGCUCUACAGGAUGCCAUUGGUGAACAACGACGUGUACUUGGAGUUGGCCAAGUUGGACUAUAAUCGCUGUCAAUCUCUCCAUCAGCUCGAAUGGUUCGACCUCGAAAAAUGGUACGAGGAGGCCGGUCUACGAUGGCACAGGGUGAAGCGGAGGAGCCUACUGAGGGACUACUUUCUGGCGGCCGCUUGCGUGUUCGAACCGGACCGCGCGGUCGAGAGGUUGGGUUGGGCUCGGACCGCCACGAUGGCCACGGCCGUCUCGUCGUUCUUUAGCAGCGCCACGUGCACGGACGAGAUGAGGCGAUCGUUCAUCCUCGACUUCCUUGAUGAUCGAAGCGACGGCCAUGACAUCAGCAGGAUGGGAGGGAAGAAGGCGGGAGAAGUGUUGGUGGGUCUGCUCCGGCAACUGAUCGAGCGGCUGGCGGCUGAUACACGGCCGGCCUUCCAACAACAGCUGGUCCGCCAUCACUUACAACAAGCUUGGAAGGAGUGGUUGAUGGCAUGGCAUAGCGACGCGUCUGACGGAUUCGGAAGGGAAGAGACGGGGUUACUGCUGGUCAGGACCAUGGAAAGCUGUGCAGGGAGGUUCAGUUCGACGGAGUUAACGGUGACUCACCCUAAUUACAGUCGGCUUUGUCAUCUACUGUCGUCCCUUUGUCAUAAUCUAAGGCGACGACAGAUGGUUGCCGCUAAGGGCAUCACGGAGGAGCGCGCUGUCACAAGCAGCUGCAAGGACAAGGCAGUAGAAGCAGAGAUGCAAGAGCUGGCUCGGUGUGUGCUGCAGACUUCAGAUGACCUCAACCACCACACCAAGCAAACAUUCCUUCUGGUGGCAAAGAGCUUCUAUUACGUUGCUCACUGCUCACCUGCUGCUCUCCGCAGCCACAUCUCCGAGGUGCUCUUCAAGCCUGUGGCUUAGUGAGCUUCAUGAAAUAUGUGAAUGAGCAGUGUGAUGGAGCUUAACAAUUUGACAUAUUGCACUUUCUUCGGAAUCUUUGGGACUUCUUAUCAUGCUGAUUUCUUCCAAAGAUGUGAAUGAAUAAGUGACGUAGUUUGUCAGGUUUA